UUUCUGUGUGAGUUUCGAGCUAAGAUGGCGUCUGCACAGUUAACGGAUGAGGAGCUUUUCUCUGAGUUAAAGCGCUUUGGAUUCUUCCCAGGUCCGAUCUCGGAGAAUACACGGCCCGUUUACCUGAAAAAACUUAAGAAACUACGUGAAGAGCAACAACAGCGUGGAUCUAGAUUCGGGAAAACGCGAAACAGCGGCAGCAUCAACAACAACAGCGGUGGCAGUGGUAAUAGCAGCAACACAGCGGCGGGAGCUUCGAGACCCAAAGCCAGGCCAGCCAGCAAUGACGUCACGCACCUGAGCACAAGCCGGAGCCCCGGCGGGCGCCCGACCCUGAACGAAAAGCGUACAAGCGGGGGUGGGAAGUUCGUUUUGGGAUUUAGCUCCGAUGAAUCGGAUGCCGAGGUCUCUCAGAAAAAGCAAGGCCCAAACCAUAGCAGUAGUAGGAGAGACCGAGGCUCCGGCUCGCAGCGCCAGCAGACAAGGCCUACAGGAACACCCACUGGCGUUCGCAGAAGCCCAGGAGUCAGUGUGAACAACUCCUCGCCCGCGCUCCUAGAUAGUCUGAGAGGCGCCACCGGAUCUUCUUGGUGGGGCGAUCGAGACAAAUCCUUAACCGCACGCACUGAGACAGACGGUAGGGCUUACGGUGAAGUCGAUGAAGACGACGAAUACGAGGAGGAGACUGAGAGGGACACUCGGGCUCUGAACGGCAGCAGGGCGUCUUAUACGUUGCAUACCAGCAAGCUUCCCGGGGAUUACUCGGAUUCGGAUGAAGAGAAAGAGGAGGGGGGCACGGAGAAAGAGCGUCAGCGAGAACGCCGACUGACUUCCUCGCGAAGUCAUACGAAAGCCACACAUUCUCCUUACAAAACUUUCAGAGGCUCUCUAAGCGGUCAGGGAAAAAUGGCAGUCGGAAUUCGAGUAAAUGACACUUCAGACGCUAGCAGUCUAGACAGGGCGCGGGGGGAGGAGGACGACGACGAAACCACGGGCGUUGGAGAGUCUUCCCUGAGCAGUGGCCUGCUCAACCGCCACCAUCCCAGAAGGUCUGUGUACGCCUCAGGAAUCAUGGACGAAAGCAUAGGGGAGGGAAGUAACAGUAGUCCAUCCAGAUAUCUCAAAAAUCAUAUUGAUAGCGGAGAUGGGGCAACUACCAGCAGCAGAUUUAGUAUCGGGUUCAAACAUAGGUAUUCCCCUCACAACAGCCUCUCGGGCACCUACCGGCCCAACCAUUCGAAUCACACGGGCUCGAACCAUGCAUACAGCCAGCCGACCCACAAACAGAAGCUAUCUGUUCCGGAAGACGAGCUUCUGCAGCAAUUUAAAAGGGAAGAAGUUUCAACAACUGGAGGUUUCAGUGCUCACUACCUUUCCAUGUUUCUUCUGAUUGCUGCCUGUCUGUUUUUCGUGCUGCUUGGCCUCAUGUACCUGCGCAUGAGAGGGUCUGGCGCUUCAGAUGGGGAUGUUGUCAUUCGGAACCACCCGUUUGGCACAGCAUUUGAUGAAAGUUAUACCAACAAAGAAAAAGACCUAAUCCUCAAACUACUGCUUCAUUUACAUGAUCACCUUGCCAGUGUUGCAGGUGAAUAUGACUGUGGAGACCAGAAGGCUGUGUUAAACAGAAGCUUGACCAUGAGCGAUGCUAAAGAAUAUUUAAAGCUUCAAAAUGCAGCCUAUGAUGGCCUUGUAGAAACUGCUUUGGAAUGGAUCAUUCGGACUGGAGAGGAUGUUGGCAUACGGUUGAUCCCAGGCGCCUCGGAGGAGGCGGUGACGGACGUGUCCGAGAUAAGCCGUCUGGAGUCCACGCACCCCAAGAUGACCUUCCUGUGCCGCUUCCGCAGGGCCUUCUUCACGGUCAUCCUCCGAGUGCUCCUCAUCCUUGCAGGCAUUGGGAUUGUUUGGGGCCUGCUGAGCUACAUGAAGUACCGUUGGAGGAGAGAGGAGGAGGAGACCAGGCAGAUGUACGACAUGGUGGAGAGAAUCAUAGACGUUCUCCGGAGCCACAGUGAGGCUUGUCAGGAGAAUAAAGACCUACUGCCCUACCUGCCCAUCCCACAUGUGCGAGACUCACUGGUUCAGCCUCAAGAGAGGAAGAAGAUGAAGAAGGUGUGGGACCGAUCCGUGAAGUUCCUGGCGGCCAAUGAGUCGCGCAUCCGCACCGAGACCCAGAGGGUAGAGGGAGCCGAUCGCGAGGUCUGGCGCUGGCUGCAGCCCCCUCUGUCCUGCGACAAGAUGGCCAUAAUGCCCUCCAAACAGUGGCAAGGCAAAGCAUUCCCACUGGACAAGAGGAACUCUCCACCCAACAGUUUAACGCCAUGUCUGAAGAUCCGCAACAUGUUUGACCCUGUUAUGGAGGUUGGAGAGAACUGGCACCUGGCCAUCCACGAAGCCAUUCUUGAGAAAUGCAGCGACAACGACGGGAUUGUGCACAUCGCCGUUGACAAAAAUUCCCGAGAGGGCUGCGUCUAUGUGAAGUGCCUCUCAGCAGAGCACUCGGGCAAGGCUUUCAAGGCGCUGCAUGGCUCAUGGUUUGACGGUAAGCUGGUGACGGUGAAGUACCUGCGGCUCGACCGCUACCACCAGCGCUUCCCACAGGCGGUGGGCUGCACCACGCCGCUCAAGCCCUCCAGCAGCCACAUGGACACCAUGUCCGGCCUCCGCCACCGCACCAGCUCCGCCAACUCCCUCAGCUUCUCCUGAGGAGCCCUGCGGCCUCCCUCCACCCCCUCCCCUCGCACCUCCCCCAUCCCCACUC